ACUGUCAUUUAUCACUGGGAGAAGAUGAAUAGUUUCGGGUGCGUCCUGUUUUUAUUGCACUGCCAUGGAAUAACGGGCGGUAUCGCCACGUUUAUGUUUAAGAAGAAACCCGUGAAAGUGAACGAUAUUUUGGACCUUCAGUCCUAUUUCCCCGCGAGCAGGAGUCGGAGUCCCGUGGAGUGCAGUAGGUCCUGUUCCAAGGUUGACGGCUGCAUCUCGCUGAUUUUUGAUCAAAAGUCCCAGGAGUGUAGAAUCUUCAAAUCCGACAUAGCCGAGAAAAAGCGCGGGGAAAAACGAGAUGUUGACAAGGAAACUCAGUGGGUGUAUUAUCAUAUUAUAAAAGAAUGUGGCCCUUCUGAAACUUUCUGUCCAGAGGGCUACAAAUUUUACCCCGAGCUCUGCUUCUGUCUGAAAUACUUCUCCACAAAACGGAAACCGGACGAAACCGACCUGGAUUGUCAGGCCGACGGCGCCAUGCACUCCAAAAAUGUGAAUGGAAAGGCCGCGGUCGUCCGCAUUGAUAGCCAGGCGAAACAAAAGAGAGUAGAGGAUUAUCUACAAUUAGGAAACCUUAAUAUAACCGACGAAUUCGUAGUGAUACAGGGUCAUCGCGAUCAUGACAUCUGGGUUGAUAGUGACGACACACCCCUCAAGUACACCCACUGGGCCGACGGCGAGGGGACCAGUCAAGAGAGCCACUACAUCACCCUGUCCGUCACCAACUACUCUUGGUACAGCAAGGACAACGAGUCGGAGUACCCCUAUCUGUGUGAAAUAUUCCCCCCGGAGUACCUCAUCGUCCGGUAAUUGUGAUGUCAUCGUUGUCAUUUUCGCGAGGAUUUACAUGUAUUUUAACGCACUCAGUGGGUCUGAAUUUAUUGACGACUUCAUUUUCCACUAAAAUGCUUCAGAAUUAAACGAUGUGGGAUCAAGAGGUUUUUUUCCAAUGAGGCCACAAAAUGACUUUUCAGUAUUUUGCCUCCCAACGAAGAAAAUGUUUCGUGAAAGACAUUUUUCGUCCCAAGAAUAUUGUCUUUUUCAAUUCACAUCGAACAAUGCAAUAUAUACACGAUAGAAUAUAUGAAAAAUUAACACCUCUACUGAACUCUUUAUUGCCAAUUUCUUUUUAUAUACUUAGUGAAAAGUUAAAUUUAACUUCAUCAAACGCAUUACACAGUGAACUCAGACGUCGCCAUAACCGGCAAACGGUGGUGUCUGAAGUAGAAUGCAGUUACCUAGAUUCAACAGAAGUACUGCUGUCCUCGA